AUGAAAGUCAUCAAGAUUACAUCAGUUGUUGUGAUAAUGUUUUUGUUAACAUAUUUCCCAUACGGAUUACUUUCACUGAUUCACGGUCAAGAUAGCAUCAUCAAGGAAUCAAACAUCACUCUCUUGUCGGUUCUAUUUGUGCUGCUUGCCAAUCUUUGUUCGCCUUUUAUUUUCGCUUAUCGUAACAAGCGCGUGCGACGAGGUGUUCGAAGACUUCUUGGUAUUGAUAAGAAGACAAAUGAACGUCUCGAGAAGCUCAACAGUUUAAAGCGAAGCUGUAGCAUGCGAAUAAAGAAUUAUCGUCAAAACAACUUACACAAAAGCUUCAAUUUGGGUUUCAAGAGCAACAACGGAAUUAAAGCAAGCAACAUUCGUCGUACACAAUCGUUUGUCACAUGCAAGUAUCUCACGCCUCCAGACGCAGUUAAAAUUGCUGCCUUGAGUAGCUCCUACGAAACUGAAAAAUGCCAUCAUUCCAUAGCUAAUAAACAUCAUCACGACACGACGACGGUCAAAGAGAAGAAGUCAAUUCUAAAAUUUGUUUGUGAUAGCUCAAAGAAAAUUGGUUGUCAAUUCACGAAUUGUCAGAUGGGACAAUCAGAGACCACGACAGUCACCUUACCAGUUGAAGUGUGAAGUACAACGAAAUGAAAUUUAUGCGGUGCUUAAUACACAUUUAAUGUUGCAAAAAAAAAAGAAAACAAAAAACCAUUCAAAAUUCAAAUUUUGUGCCAAAUACUUCAAAUUUUUGCUUCGUUCAUCGAUUUUAAAGACUGAAAAGUCCAAACAUCAAAACAAUUUGCAUGAAAAUCAGAUUUUAUUAUAACUUUAAUUUUUAAAGUGUGUGAUGGGG